AUGGAGAAAGACGAGCUCUCACAGUUGGUGACUCCUGCAUCAGUGAAAGCCAUCAUCUCGAGGAUUGAGGCGGCCCAGCUAACUCGGGCUCAGGAGGAUAUUUCUUCCCAGCUCGCUGACAUCUUGGACAAUGUCAAUUGUGUCAUCAACCGCUUCCAGGAAGAACUGGGAUACGAUUUAAAGGAAACGGCAAAAUCUCACCAGAUGGAGCAAAAGGGCAAGAAAAGAUUCAUCUUGUUGGAGAAAAUUGCCUCUUUCUCCAAAGAUGCUAAGACUAAAGAGAAGCACUUAUACGAAAUUCUCCGCUGGCUGGGUGACUGGGGUGACAGUCUGACCUAUGAGAUCAGGAGCAGGAACAGCGAGACAGAAGAGGAAGUCAUGGAUGAAUGGAUUGAGGUGAUGGAGAAGGUGUUACCUCUCUCCCUCAUCACCACCAAAGGAGGCAUUGAGUCUCUCAUUUCCCUUUGCUCCACUCUUAUUGAAGGACAAAAGAAAAGGGCACAAAUGUUCAAACACAACUUCUGGCAAGGCUGGCGGGAACAAAGCCUGCAAAAAUCUACAUCCUACCCUCAGCCACUGAGUCCACAGCAGAUGCUCCAGGACAAAAAUACUACCUGCAGGAGGGUUUCUGAAGUAAGGUCCAUGCUUCAGGAACUCCUGGACUCCACCAUGUUCAACCAGGGGGAGGUCAGGGCCAUCAGGUACAUGUCUGCUGUGGUGGAGAACCUCAACAAAGCCUUGAUCCUCCAGCACAAUGAGAACAGGGGCUUGGAGACCAGAUACAGGCAACUGAAAACUGAGAUGACCAAAGAACUCAGCAGCCAGAGGCUAUACUUCCAGCAGUCCCUCCAAGUUCUGGAGAGUAAGAGGGAUGCCUUAUUAAGGCAGGUAGAAACUCUAGGGGGAAAGUACCAUGACCUUCUCCUGAUAAAGCACGCCUUAGAAUUUCAACUAAAUAUGGCUCAGUCUGCUAGAAGUCAAGCAGAAGACCUGAUCAAGAUCUCUGUUGACUCCCCAGGCCCUCCUGAGAAAGAGAUUCUCCCAAAGAAAGAAUCAGUCAUGGAGGAAACCCAACAGGAACCCGAGAAGGAAGAGAAGUUGUUUUCACCACUUUCCCCAAGUCCCGUGGCCACAGCUUGGGACAGUGGUGUUAGGUCUUUAAAAUGUCAGCCACUUUCCAUCAUGUCUAUGCAUUCAAGGAUUACAGAUGCAUACAGCAGCAGGGACAGUGAAAGUCUUCAGCUUAUGUUGCCAUCCUCGGUGGAUCACAAGUUUCCCAAGGAAUGGGAAAUACCAGUGACAGAGAGCCCAGGCCACAAAGUCAAAGAGCAGAAGGACUUCUUCCAGAAAGCAGCCCAGGAGAAAGAAGGACUCCAAAUUAAGUCCCAUGUUAGAGAACAGCUGUCUCCAGAGAGAUCCAGGACGGUGGAGCACUGGGAAGAGGAAUUCAGCUGGCAGAGGUGGAGGCAGCAGUGGCAGGAGGAGGAAGAGCUGUGGCUGCAGCGGCAGAAGAAGUGGGCUCUGCUAGAGCAGGAGCACCAGGAGAAGCUGCGACAGUGGGAAAUGGAGGAAGUGGCAAAGGAGCAGCAGCAGAAAUUGGUCCAGAUGGAAAAGGAGGAAGGGGGCCCACAGAAGGAGCUGGAGCGGCCAAGUGAGGACAAGGAGAGGACAAUCUUCGUGACUACCCAUCGAUGGAGGGACUUGGAGAAGACAUCACUGGCACCUCCCCCAAUUCGAGCCCAAUCUGCUCGCCAAAGCCGGAGGCCACACUUACCCAGGUCCACUAAUACCCAGAAGCCCACCCCAGGAAAUCAGAGGUCCAUGAGUUCAACCAAGUUAACUCAGAAACCAUGGACCCACCAGGUUCCCACAAAGCCCAAGAAAUCAGCCUCCUUUCCUGUCACAACAGGGGCAUCUCUCCGAAAAGUGACCCAGCCCCCUUUGCAUAUAUCCUCUAUAACUCUGAAGGGGAAGGUAUACCACAUGGACGUGGAAGCCCAGAGGAAGAACCUGCAGCUCCUGAGUGAGGAUGCUGAGCAGAGGCUGCCCAACUUCCUGCGCAGCAAGGCCCUGGAGCUCACCACCACCACCAUGGAGCUGACCAUGCUCAGGCUGCAAAACCUGUGCCAUAAGUAUAUUCUAUACAGAUGCUUCCAGAGCCUCCGACAAGAAGUGAUCAACCACAUACAAGCUAUGAGAGAAACUGGGGCUACCUACAAGGCCCAGAGUCUCUACAUCUUCCUGGAAAAAAUCGAUCACCUGCAGGGCCUCCGCCUGAAGGCCUGGACGGACAAGCAGAAGGGCCUGGAGGAGAAGCGCCGAGAGUGCCUGAGCAGCAUGGUGACCAUGUUCCCCAAGCUCCAGCUGAAGUGGAACAUUCACCUGCACACCCCUGUGGUCACCUCCCCAAAGUCAAGGAAAAACAAGCCGCCCCCAUCCUUACGCCGGCAUGUCCACCCCAGCAGCCGCUUCUGCAAGCAGCCCCCAGAGCAUCUUCCAUCUAAGCACCAGGAAUGUGUGCCCUUGUGGGUGGCCGGCCAAAGGGGUAACCAGAUGGAGGCUGUUUGGAAGACUGACGUGGCCUCCUCUAGUCACCCAGUAGAAAAGAAGACCCCUGCCAGCCUGUCCUGGGACCAGCUAGGGGGGUGCCCAGACAUUCCCCAGCUGGUGGCAUUGGAUGUGCAUUCCUCCUACCAUAAAAGCUUGAUGUCCCUUAAGGCCCGUGUUUCAGCGACCCAAAGAAAGGAACACCAGGAGCCCUCAGAUGAGUCAGCUGAACUUGUUUGUAAAAAGUCAAGCGAAUCCCUCCCUGGGACCCUAAAAAGCCAGAAGGAUCGAGACAAUCACAGUCCCCACUCCAUCCCUUAG